AUCUGUCGAAUCUCGUUGAUUGGAGGUCCGUGAAAUGACCUUUCAAAGCGUGUCUGCUUCAAUGCGUGAUGGGUUCACGUUGGACCGGACCGCAGAUGAGAGCACGAACGGAGCCAGUGCUUCUUCUUGACCCUGCGCAUUAAUUGGAACGAACUGAUUUAAAUAGGGGGAGGGCGAGGAAGUAAUGAGUUGAUUGAGGGUUAUUAGUGGUUUUUUUUGGAGUGUGAAGUGGGUUGAUCGGCCAGUACUCCAGCUACCUUUCAGGAAGGAGGCAACAACAUUGCGUACGGAGAACAAUUUGCUCAAGGGAUAGGGCUAUUCUGAUUUACUGGAUGUAGGAAUGUGAACCUGGUGAACCCCUUUGCUUUUAUUUGUUGUAUUUACUUCCUGGUACUGACCCACGGCCAUGAAGGUGGGCUGUCUCACUGUAAUCGCCUGGCUUCUGUGGCUCAGGACUGCGAAGGGUUACGCACCUGAGUCCCACGGGACUCCCGAUUCCCGUCGCUUUGAAAACGUUGCUGGAAUAAUUGAGCUCCAUUCGUCUGAAAACAUUCUUAAUGCAAGCUCUCUCGGUCUACUUGAAGCGACCUGUCGGUCAACUGAGUGUCAUAACGUGGUGCAGCUGAAUGGAUCCCAGUGGUGUUCAUUUGUAAAGUCUACGGAAGACUGCAAAAUUGGAAGUGGCUUUAUUGACUACCUCAAGGGCGCUGUUUGUGGGUUUGACCACAAUCUGCUACCGUUGGCUGUCGUUCUUUAUGCUGUUUGGUUGUUCUACCUAUUCAUGUUCCUUGGAAUAACAGCUGAAAAAUUCUUUUGUCCAAACCUGGCUGCCAUAUCUACAAGUUUAAAGUUGUCACAUAAUGUGGCAGGUGUAACGUUCCUUGCCCUUGGUAACGGAGCUCCUGACCUGUUCAGUGCAAUUGCAGCCUUUUCUGAUUCUAGAACAGCAAGCCUGGCAAUUGGAGCUUUGUUUGGUGCUGGUAUAUUUGUCACCACGGUUGUCGCUGGAGGUGUUGGCCUAGCAAGACCAUUUAUAGUUGCAUCCAGACCCUUUCUUCGAGAUGUAAUAUUCUAUAUGGCUUCAGUUUUCUGGGCUUUCCUAGUCAUCUAUUAUGGGCGCAUUGAUUUGGCGCAAGCACUUGGUUACUUGGCACUGUAUGCAGUUUAUGUGUUUGUGGUCAUUGUCAGCAGUAUAAUUUACAAGAAGAACAAAAAUCGGCUACAAAAUUCUCUUUGCAACAGUCUUCCAGAAAUUUGUGAAAAUGAUGACGCAGUUCCUACAUGUACCAAGAGGCCCAUACAUGGAGACUCGAGCGAGUAUCAGUCCUUAAUUGAAAAUGAAGAACCCAGAUCUACAAAAUCUAUUCUGCUGGGUGCUCUUAAUCCCAUUGACCUUCAGAAAUGGAGGAGGAAACGUCUGCCCUGGAAGAUUUUCAAAUGCCUGAAGCUGCCAAUAGAGUUUCUGCUUCUGCUUUGCAUUCCCGUGGUUGAUUUUGACCAAGAUGACCACAACUGGAAGCGGCCUCUGAAUUGUCUGCAAAUAGUUACUGGCUCGCUUGUCUGCAUCCUGGUAUUUAAAUCAGGCUAUUAUGGAUUACUACUCAUCCAUGGCCAGUAUCCUGUAUGGGGUCUUACUCUGGUGAUUUCAUUGCUCUUGGCAUCUAUAAUUUUUUUCUUCACAAAGAAUGAGGAACCACCAAAGUUUCACUGCGCAUUUGCUUUUAUUGGGUUUCUCUUCAGCAUCAUAUUGAUCAACGGCAUAGCCAUUGAGAUUGUCAAUCUUUUGCGCUCCAUUGGAAUAAUUUUUAACCUAAGUAAUACAGUACUGGGAUUGACAUUACUUGCCUGGGGAAACAGUAUCGGAGAUUUGUUCUCUGACAUCACAGUAGCCCGACAAGGAUAUCCACGUAUGGCUAUUGCUGCGUGCUUUGGUGGGAUAAUAUUUAAUAUGCUGUUUGGUAUAGGCCUAAGCUCUCUGAUUCAAAUGCCCUACAACAAUAAUAUUCUUGAGAUCAAACGUGACAGCCUCCUGGAUUGGAUUCUAGUUGGAUCACUAGGCUUAAGUCUUGUAAUGUCAUUUGUAUUAAUUCCACUCCAAGGCUUUAAAUUCACACGGGCAUAUGGCAUUGUUCUUAUUGUAUUUUAUAUAUUAUUUGUUAUAGUUGCACUAUUGACUGAAGCUGAAAUUAUACAUAUUUAAAAUAAGGCUUCCCUUGGAUGAGAUAUUGUAAAUGUUCUAGUACAUAUUGUAGACAGAUUUGUUUAAAUUAUAGUAUUGUCAGUUAACUAUAAAUGAAAGGUGAAUGGGAAAGAUGCUAAAUGGAAUUUGCACAUUACUUUGACUUCAAAUCUCUUGUUCAACAGAAUUGCCAGUUUUGAUUUUUCUAUGUCCAUGAGAUUUAAGAGAAGUAAGUUCAGGUAUUCUAUGAAAUAAGGCUGCUUCACUUGGUUAUGGACCAUAAAUCACUGAGCACUAGUGGAAUGCAAGGACCCUUGCUACCUUUGCAAGGCUUAAACUGUUUUUCUACCCGCUUACAGAACAUCUGCUUUCACCACAAGCCGUUAUUACUGGAGCUGGAAUUCAGUCACUCGCUUGGAUUCAGUGGGGGGGGGGGGGUGGAUGGGCAGAUCUCCUGAUCUUGCAGUUCACUAGCUGCUGAACUCUGGUUAACCAGGCACAUUUCCGUUUGCACUGUUGUAGAUAACUUUAAAAAAAAGUUUGACACUCCCUGACAUUUCAAAAGGAAAUGAUUUUUCAAGUAAGAUUUUUCUGUAGAGCAGGGGUUCCCAACCAUUUAAAAAAAAAAAAAAAAAAAUGCCAAUAUGGCAUUAACAGGAACCUGUGCAGUAUGGAGUUUGUGCAGUCUGUGCACCAUGCUUGAAUUCAGUACCAAAUUUCAUGAUAAAUUGCUGUUGUACAGUUUUUGCUUGUGAAAUAAAUGUUAUUAUUUAAGUGUUUCCACAUAACUACCA